GUUUGGUGACUCGGCCAAUGCACAGGAGCUGCAACCGCAGGGUUUCAAGCACGAACGCCGUCUGCAGGGGGCUGGUCGAGAUGACGACGCAGGAGACGCGCUGGAGAAGCUCAAGGCGAUACUCUGCUUGUCAACGGAGGCCAGUGAUGAUAAUCGAGGCUGGAUAUUGAACAUUAUAGCUUGUCCUUUUGCGGCUGCGGUCGAAGCAUGUUGGAGAAACAUCAAACUCAAUGGUUCUGUUGAAUGCUCGAAAGCAUAAGCUCAUCUUGUCAAGAUGAACAUGCCCACCCAUCAGAUUUAGCGGUGAUGACUGUGCUGGCUGCUCGAGCAGAUCUCACCUCCCCAUCUUCCGUUAUUGUCUGCCCAUUCUUUCCGUUUGAUCAUCUCAGUUUUGUUCGGCCAAAUCAUGGGAACCGUCUCGGCGGGCGUCCAAGACAGGAAUGUCUCUGUUUCAAGACGGAUGUGUAACUAGAUGACGCAAGGAGGGCCACGGAACGGGCUCCGCAGCUCUCAGCACGGAGGACAAGAUCUGGAUUGCAGAUAAAAAGCGUGCCAAGAACUCGGGGACGACACGGAAACUAGCAAGGAUGAAACAGGGAGUUACUGUCGACUGUCCUUACCUGCUUCACAAUGCCUUCUAUUUGACUGAUUUGGAUGCGUAGCCCUACAACAAGACUCGGGCACUUUGAUUACCGCUGAAGUCCACAACGCAAACUGUGGCCCUGCAACAAGGCUUUGAUUUUUCCGUCAGGAGAGAGGCUUCGUCGACACCGACAAAAAUAUUUAUCGCCACCCGCCUUGCACCCUCACCUACCUCCAGUUCUCUGAGAGGAGUCGAGUUGGUAAGCUCCUGCGAGUCCAUUCAAAGGAUAAGCAUGAGACGAGACGCUCCAACGUGCAUAUCAACUACACAGGACCUUCGUCCCCACUGCAGCUGUACUCCGAUGACGGUGUCGAUGGACAGAAGUGAUGCGCGUGACUUUGGGCCCAACUAUUGGGAUACCGAUUAUGUGAAUCUUCGAGGAAUACAAAGAACAAAAAAACAAACUCUUUUGAUGGUCACCGAUGGAAAUCGAUUGAUGAUGGUGAAAGUGCUUCGACAACCAGACGGGGUUGAACAGGAAACCGGGGAACGCCAGAGGGCCGCUGUCAAAGCAGAGGUGAUGUAUUCACCUCCUGCUUGCAUGUUCAUUUCCUGGACAUGUUUCUCCACAACAUUUGUAAGGCCAAGAUUGCGGUGGUGUGUUGUCUCAGAUUCAGGAGAAGCUAUGUCAGCGAGGCGCGUUCUCGUUCCGGCUUCGACGAACAUACUUUACAGGCUUACGAGCUGGCGCCGCAUUGCGUCGCGGUCUGCUUCUUCUUUCCACCAGCCCUGCGUCGGCACAGCUAGGAGCAAUGAAGAAAAUGCUGAUAUUAACUGGGAUGACCUUGGGUUUGGUCAUGUACCAACUGACUAUAUGUAUGUAAUGAGAUGUUCUCGAGAUGACAAAUUCUCAUCCGGAGUCCUCAACCGGUAUGGAAAUAUUGAAUUGAGCCCGUCGGCAGGGGUCCUCAACUAUGGGCAGGGUCUAUUUGAAGGUCUGAAAGCAUAUCAGAAACAAGACGGUAGUGGUUUCUUGCUCUUUCGGCCUGAAGAGAAUGCACGCCGAAUGCAAAGGGGUGCAGAGAGGAUGUGCAUGCCAUCUCUGUCAGUUGUGCAAUUCAUUCAUGCUGUCAAAGAGACGGUAUUGGCCAAUAAACGAUGGGUGCCUCCUCAGGGAAAAGGUUCUCUCUACAUCAGACCACUACUAAUAGGGAUUGGACCUGUGCUUGGUUUGGCUCCAGCACCAGAUUACAUGUUUCUUAUCUAUGCUGCACCAGUGGGAACAUAUUUUAAGGAGGGUUUAGCUCCAAUCAAUCUAGUUAUAGAUGACAAGAUUCAUCGUGCCACUCCUGGUGGAACUGGUGAUGUGAAGACAAUUUCCAAUUAUGCACCGGCUUUGAAGGCACAGACAGAAGCUAAGACUAAAGGAUUUACGGAUGUUAUAUAUCUUGAUUCUAUUAAUAAAAAAUAUCUGGAGGAAGCUUCUUCAUGCAAUUUAUUCAUUGUGAAGGGUGAUGUCAUCUCAACACCAGCAACAAUGGGAACCAUUUUACCGGGGGUUACACGUAAAAGCAUCAUCGAAAUUGCUAUUGACUAUGGCUACCGGGUUGAGGAACGGCUUGUCUCUCUCGAGGAUUUGCUCGAUGCUGAUGAAGUAUUUUGUACAGGAACCGCUGUGGUUGUUGCUCCAGUAAGCAGCAUUACUUAUCAAGACCAAAGAUAUGAAUACAAAACAGGAACUGAGACUGUCACUCAAAAACUAUACAACAUCCUCACAGCAAUUCAGAUGGGCCUGGUAGAAGACAGGAAAAAUUGGACAGUUGAAAUCAAAUGAGGCCCAAACCUUUUGCUACAUUAGCAGAAACACACUAGACAUGUAUGUGCAUGUGCUGUUAUAUUGGACUAUAUUCAGUGUUGGAAUCUUGUUCUCAAGACACUGUUUGUUUGUUAAUUAUUAUGCUUGGUAGAUUAUCUUGGCAUUUGAGCAUUA